AUGCGGUUCAAGGCGUUCAGCUCCGCUUACGACUUUUUGGGUGGACAGUAUCCCCAUCAAUCCUCCAACGGCCGGCGCGAGCUGCGCGCAACGGAGAAGGACGUGGCCAGCUCUCCGCGGCCCAUUAACUGUACAUCGAGCAGCCGCGAUCGCAGUCGCAGCAAGGUCAACAACGCCGACACUGCCAUCCAUAUACCUACUGGGACGGAUACCUACGACUACCAGAAUGAAGACUUCCAAAAACGCUACAGUGCGCGAAGGACCGCGACGCAAUCCGAAGGGGGUGCCAAUCACCAAAGGCAGAACAGCAAAAGUCCUCAUGGCGAGCACAUACCGACGUCGCCCGACUUCACUGGCAUGGACGAUGGCACAGGUCAAACAGCGUCCCCAGCCGACUUCUCAAAAAGCGGGAUUCACAUCCCUACAAGGACCAGCAGCAGCGGCAAACAAAAGCCUGCGCCGCAGCCAAUUCCUCCCCCUCCUCCAAGAUCCCCUGCCGCCAACGAUGCCUUGAACUCGUCGCCGCCGUCGCCAGAAACGACCGAUGAUAAUGUCUACGAUCCAGGCGCGCGUAGCAGUGCGGGGUCCGUCUUUUCGCAAGAGACAUCAGCGACAUCGAUUCACACCCUGCCACCCCUACAAACAAAAGGUCCGGACAACACGGACGCGCAAUAUCUAGAGCCAGUCAUUGAAGACGAUCCAAGGUCCUGGGAUCUCGUAGCACCCCUACAAGACGAACUCGAAGUUGGGAUGUACGCUUUGGAGAAGCGCGCUGAGCAGCUGUUCAGUGCGAACCAUUUGCGAACAAUCUUCGAGGACCCCAAGCUACUGCUCAGGUUUACUGGCUUCCUGAAUUCUCACCGUCCUAAGAGCAUACCCAUCCUGAUUUAUUACCUCGACGCACUGAAGGCUCUGCGUGCGAUCAACUAUGCGAACGCCAUUGCAGAGGCAUUGGAACCCAUCAAAGGCCAAGGCUUCACUGCAGAGGUCGCAAAGCCUACACGAAAUGCGAUGCUUGAAGAGAAGGCGAAUCGUGCUUUCGAGCAGCUCGUACAAGAAGAUCUCCCUGCCUAUGUCACUCACAUUUGGAUCCAAGUCGUCAGCGUGAGCAUCCAAAGGCGAAUCACUGGAACACUGGCGCCGCAUUUGCGAGAGGCCAGUGAAGGGCUUGCUGAAGUGUUUUGCCUGACAGAUCCCAGCAGAACUGACAACCCCAUCGUUUUCGCAUCGGAAGAGUUCACGAGAACGACACAGUAUGGCAUGAACUACAUUAUUGGCCGCAACUGCAGAUUCUUGCAAGGGCCCAGGUCAAGCCCUCACUCUGUCCGGCGAUUGGCAAUAGCUUGCACGUCAGGCAAAGAGCAUGUCGAAGUCUUUGUCAACUACCGUCGAGAUGGAAGCCCAUUCAUGAACCUUUUGAUGACGGCGCCGCUCAUGGACAGCCGAGGGAAUAUAAGGUAUUUCAUCGGUGCGCAGGUGGAUGUGUCUGGUCUGAUCAAGGACUGUAAUGAGAUGGAGGGCUUGACAACAUUGCUUGAGAAAGAGCAGGAAGCUGAAGCUGCCGGUGAAGACGAAGAUCCACACCGCAAGGAUGAAUUCCAAGAACUCAGCGAAAUGUUCAACGGCGCAGAGCUGGACACCGUACGAAAGUUUGGCGGGCGCAUGCACAAGGAGUAUGUCGAUGAAAGCGACCGCGAGAGCUUGCACGGCCGACCACGUCUACUCUUGAAAGAUCCAAGCCAGGAGAUUUUGGACAAGGAGAAGAGGAGCAUGUCUGAGAGUGCAGCAGCAACCAGCGUCAAGGAACGACUGAAUGGCAAGCUCGAAGGUGUCUACCAACACUACCUCCUCAUCCGACCGGCACCAUCUCUCCGCAUCCUCUUCACGUCCCCGUCACUACGCGUUCCAGGCAUCCUGCAGUCCCCUUUCCUCAACCGCAUCGGCGGCAGCAGUCGUGUUCGUGCAGAUCUAGGAGAAGCUUUGGCUGAGGGACGUGGUGUUACAGCCAAAAUCAGAUGGUUGACUCGUCCUGACGAAGACGGUGAAGGAGAAGGCCGACCACGAUGGAUUCACUGCACACCACUUCUGGGACACUCAGGCGCUGUUGGUGUGUGGAUGAUCGUGCUAGUUUAUGACGAAGUUUCACCCACUGGGCAAGCCUCUGGCAGGCGUUUUAGGCAAGCGCCUCCUGUCGCUAGCACAAUCGGCGGAAAAGAGUGGGAUCAGUCUCGAUCGAGGGAGAGGAAACACCUGAAUACAUACGACAAAGAGAAUGAUCGAAGAGCUGGAAAGCAGCCGGAAUACUUUCAUCGCCCGACCAGCCGCCAGAACACCCAUGCAAGGAGUGAGGUUGGCAGCCCGAUGCCUGGACGAAGCCCUGCUCGGCCACAAGUUGAGCACUUUCCCAGCGCCAACGCCAGCGAGUUCUCGUUCAACCUGAAAGGUUGA